AUGGUGAAUUAUUCUAUAGGACAAUUUUUAAUAUUGGCAGCAGUGGCAUGUUGCGCAUGCGCACGUCCACAGUACAACCAAUACCCGAGACAAGGCUACCAACCGCAGCAGUAUCAGCAACAGAGGCAGCAGUAUCAGCAGCAACAGCAGUACCAACCUCAGAGACCUUUUGUGCCUAUAACUUCAUACUAUAACGAAAUCAACCCUGAUGGAUCUUAUCAAUAUGGAUAUUCGACAGGUGAUGGACAGCAGGCACAAGAGCAAGGUUAUUUGAAAAACGCGGGUAAUCCAGAGGCGGAGGCCCAAGUGAUGCAGGGCUCUUACUCUUACACAGCCCCCGACGGGACCCCCAUAGAAGUCAGAUACAUCGCCGACGAAAAUGGGUUCCGUGCAGAAGGUGCUCACUUACCGACUCCUCCACCAAUUCCUGAAGCGAUUCAGAAGUCUUUAGAUUACAUUGCAAGCUCUCCUCCCCCUCCUUCCUCCUUUCCUCCUCCUUCACCCUCUUUUUUCGCUUUUUUUCACAUUUUUUUUCAUUUUUUGGUGUUUUUUUUGAACGUUGUGGUUUUUUGGACCCUCCGCGUCUGCCAACAGCCAGCCACCAGCACUGCUCCAUUUUUUCACCUUCAGAGUUGGUCGUCGUCGCCUCCAGCUGGAUUCGAUCCCCCUCACCUUCUGCCUCCAGAGUGA